CACUCGUUGGCUUAGCCGUACUUGGCCUCUCUUAUCUACGGCCGUGUAGUCUGCAGUGCUGUGCGAACGUUCUACUGGCUGUCGACUAGUAGUUCCGCUGCUGGAAUCGUAGGAGGUGAACUCGCUCGCAAUUAGCGUGCUCCAUUCAUGUGAUGCUCGUCGCGCUAGAUUUUUAACCCUGUUACCAACGUCGGACGGGUGUGUAGUCUUGAGAUCAGUAGACUCAGUUGCUUCCGGCAUUCAGCGGGGAACAUCUGCAUUGGAAUCAUACGAUUGCUGUCCCCACUUAGUGAGGCUCUGGAUUCCAUCUCCAUAGACUCGAACGUAGUGAGCUCUCGGGUGUUCCGUUGAGCCGCCAACCGUCGAAAAAUAUCUUUUCGCGCGAUUAAUGCUCGCAUCACUGUAUGGCUGCUCUGACGAUUUUAUUUUCGCUAACUGCGCAUGACAUGGAGCUGCAAAAUCACGAUGAGUUGACGGAAUUUUGCUCUUGCGAUUUGUUUCCCUUUUUGCGCUACGCCUGUUCGUUAACUGCUUUCCUCUUCGAUUAGAACUAGUAUUGUGUGGCGUGGGAUUUUCGCCCCAAUAGCAUUUCGGGCACUGUGCCAAGGAACAUUGUACGUGCCUGGCGACUCGUGGAAAGUGGUGCAUACACUGCCGGUUUCGUUGCAUUGCCGCCCAGUUUUAUUAUGUGCAGUGAUAGGCACUCGAUUCGUAUCUUUACGCCAGCGCACGUGUGCAUAAUCUGAUGAAUUGCGUGAAUGCGACGAGUGUGACAUUUUUCUAAUUAGUUAGAUACACUUGAGUGAUAAAUUGCAUGUUUUGUGACUCGAGAACGUGUUCCUGGUGACGAGAACCAGUUCCAGGAGUAUUAAUAUUUAGUGCAACUGAAAGAUUGUCUGUGACAUGAGUACGGUGGGAAACUGACUGGUAUUUGCUUUGUGAUCGGACAGUGGAGUAAACUGAAUACAUCCCGCGAAAUGGCGUCUGAUGUUGGGGGAUGUAAAUUUAUGGAUCAGAACUUCGACCCAGCCGCAUGUACCUACUCACAAAAUGAUGAUUUCAAUCCCAAAGAUGAAGACAUGACAUUCUGCAUGUCUAAUUAUGCGAAAGAAGCAAUGAAAAUGAUGUUUAUGAUGCGAUCACAUCACAUGCUAACCGACGUUAUACUUGAAGUGAAAUCAGAACUAUUCCAUGCACACAAAGUAGUCCUGUCCGCGGCUAGUCCUUACUUCAAGGCAAUGUUCACGGGCGGUCUAAAGGAAUCAGAAAUGUCUCGAGUGAAACUGCAAGGUGUUUGUCCGACAGCAAUGAGACGGAUUAUAUACUUCAUGUACACCGGUCAUAUUCGAGUAACAGAAGUGACGGUGUGCCAGUUGUUGCCAGCAGCAACCAUGUUCCAAGUUCCUAAUGUGAUAGAGGCAUGUUGUGCUUUUCUCGAACGCCAGCUAGAUCCCACCAAUGCCAUUGGAAUAGCAAAUUUUGCCGAACAGCAUGGUUGCAUUACUCUACAGCAAAAAGCAAAUCAGUUCAUCGAGAGACACUUCACACAGAUUUGCCAGGAAGAGGAAUUUCUACAACUUUCAUCUUUCCAAUUGAUAUCCUUGAUUCGCAAGGAUGAACUCAAUGUCCAGGGUGAAAGGGAGGUGUACAAUGCUGUACUGAAAUGGGUGAAAUACGAUGAAGAAAAUCGCUACCCCCAAAUGGAACACAUCUUGUACGCGGUUCGAUGUCAGUUUCUCACACCAAGUUUCCUGAAGGAGCAAAUGAAGAAUUGCGAUGUAUUGCGAAAAGUGCCAGCCUGUCGAGAGUAUUUGGCGAGAAUUUUCAAGGAUUUGACACUACAUAAGAAACCAGUAGUCAAGGAACGAACGCCGAAUACGACGAGAAUGAUUUUUGUGGCUGGCGGAUUUUUGAGACAGUCGUUGGACAUAUUGGAAGGUUAUAAUGUGGACGAUAAAGUGUGGGUACCGCUCCCGAAAUUACGAGUGCCAAGAUCAGGAUUAGGGGCAGCGUUUCUGAAGGGAACCUUUUACGCUGUGGGCGGACGAAAUAAUUCACCUGGAUCGUCGUAUGAUUCAGACUGGGUGGACAGAUAUAAUCCUGUAGCUGAACAAUGGAGACCUUGUGCGCCCAUGUCCGUGCCACGACAUCGAGUCGGCGUUGCAGUCAUGGAUGAAUUGCUGUACGCUUUAGGAGGAUCUGCUGGCUCGGAAUAUCACAAUUCUGUUGAAUAUUAUGAUCCAGAGGAAGAUCGAUGGACCCUAGUGAAACCAAUGCAUUCAAAGCGUCUAGGAGUAGGGGUGGCUGUAGUCAAUCGCCUCCUCUACGCGAUCGGAGGUUUUAAUGGUACCGAACGUUUAGCAACUGUGGAAUGUUAUCACCCUGAAAACAACGAAUGGAACUUCGUGCCGUCUAUGAGAGUGGGUCGAAGUGGAGCUGGAGUGGCAGCUAUAAACCAACACAUUUAUGUAGUGGGUGGUUUCGACGGGACACGACAGCUAUCGUUGGUAGAAAGAUUUGACACUGAAAACCAAGUAUGGGAGACGGUUGCUUCAAUGAAUACAGCCCGCAGUGCUUUGUCACUUACAGCGUUAGACGGAAAACUUUAUGCAAUAGGUGGAUUCGACGGCACCCACUUCCUCACGGCAGUGGAAGUGUAUGAUCCUCAGCUUGAUCAGUGGGUACCAGGCACACCUCUAACAUCGGAAAGAUCGGGUCACGCAUCUGCAGUUAUAUUUCAACCGGCUUGCGCUUCGAUACCCAUGGACUGCAGUGGUGGUAUGCACGACGCACCCAGCAAACGUCUUCCAGACACGGACAAAGACUCUGAUGAUCAUCACCGACCACCGUCACUGCAUUCUGCAUCAUCGAGUAUGCACUGUUUUAACUCAACAAGUGUAGAGACUGGUGGCUGCCAGAGAUGUCAAGAUAAUCCUUUCAGCAAUGUGUUCGAUCACUGCAACAAAAAUAUUCCUUCAAACAAGACUGAAAUGACACCACUUGUGCCAUUAUCGACUGAACAAGUUACCCUGAAACCUGCAAUUUCAAAUUUUUUCAACAAUAACUAUAGUGAAAUCUCGAGGUGUCCGGACACUAAUUUUAAUACAUUGAUACAAAGUAGGUUACAACUAAAACAGGAAACCCAUGAUCAAAGUGAAAGUAGUAUGAGACAUUUUUUACCUAGUGAUAGUAGUAGUAGUAGUAAUAGUCAAAAUCGUAGCGAUAAAAUUUGUGUUAGAGAAAACUGUUAUAUUAGGAAAGCAAGUCAAUCAGUAUCACAAACAAUAAAUGAUUUUGUAUCAACGACAAGAAAAAAAUUCUGUAGCAGACCAUCAUAGCAUAAUGUCGUUCUAAGAUUUAGAUGUACUGUUUAGUUAGCAUUCCAGUGAUGAUAGGAUACAUAGGAUUAUUUAAUUCGUUUGUUGAUAAGAAUAAUAUUUAUUUAUGUCAUGUUAACUGAACACCUUAGGUACUUCCGAAUAAAUAUCGAUCCCUCUUAGCUUUUCUAGGUUACUAUGUAAAAUUCCAGCAAGUAAAGUUUUUUUGUUGAAAAUCA